AUGCCGGAGGCCAAGAGCUCCCGCCCCGACCCCCUGCGAUGGACGAAGGAGCCGGUGCACCGCUCCGUGAGCCAGAUCUGCCCGCCGCCGCGCCGGCCGCUGACCAUCGCGGACAUCCGGCCGGGCAUGGAGAACGAGCGGCUGGGCGUCGUGCGCGAUUCCAUGUUUCAGAACCCACUCAUCGUCAAGGCUGAGCUGGGGAAGCCCCGGGAGCGGAACGUCAGCCUCCCCGGCCUUGAUUUCAACUACGGCCUCUACGUCCGCGGGCUGGACGGAGGGGUCCCCGAAGCCAUCGGACACUGGAACGUGUAUAAGCCGCAGCCCACCUGCCACGAGGAGCUGAGGCGGGACUACAUCGCCAUGAACCGCGGCGCCGUGAAGGCCGGCCUGGUCACCGCGCGGGAGACGCUGCUGUACCAGCAGCUCAACGACCUGCGCGUCACGAGUGAGGACCAGCGGCGGUUCAAGCGGGAGCCGCCCUCCGUCCCCGCCAACAUGACCUUCGGGAUCCCAUCCCGGCCCUCCACGCCCCUGUUCGACCUGCUGCGGCACCGCUACCAGCAGCUGUGGGUGCAGGAGCAGAAGGCCGCCCAGAAGGCCAUCAAACUGGAGAAGAAGCAGAAGGUGAGCCUCGGGGAGCUGUAUGAGACGCGGAGCAGCCAGCUGAGGAAGUACAAGCCGCCCGUGAAGCUGGACGCCCUCUGGCACAUGCCUCACUUCCAGAAGGUGGGCCGGCAGCUGGACACCUUCCCCUCCGAGGCCGACCGCCGGAGAGCCUUCAAGGCGCACCGGGAGGAGGUCGCCGUGCGCCGGGGGACCCUGCGGUUGGGCAACUACACGCACCCCUAG